UGACACUUUAUGCAGACAGAGACAGAUUAAAAGCAUUACAGUGUAAACCGGCAGGAUAUAUAGGAACUCAGCCAUGAGUGUCAUCGAUAUCGGUCCAGACCCGUCUCUGGCAUAUCGGCCAAAUUUGGAGAUGAAUGAAAAGAGAGAGAAGCAAGACUACAGAAACUUUGAGAGUGGAAGUCUGAUCGACCGCGUGUUCAACACAUACAAGCUCAUGCACACCAAUCAGACGCUGGACUUUGUGAAACAAAAGCGAGCUGUAUGGGCCGGCUGCAACCACACUCAGAUGAGGAUGAUGGACAGCAUCAUGUCUCUAGACGAGCUGGUGGACGAGUCCGAUCCCGAUGUGGACUUCCCAAACUCCUACCAUGCCUUCCAGACUGCUGAGGGCAUCCGCCGGGAACACCCAGACAACGACUGGUUCCAGUUGGUGGGUCUGAUCCAUGAUGUUGGGAAGACAAUGGCUUUUUGGGGCGAACCACAGUGGGCCGUAGUAGGCGACACCUUCCCAGUGGGCUGCAAGUUUCAAAACUCCAUCGUGUUCAGAGGCGAAACAUUCCUGGAUAACCCAGAUGAGACAAAUCCCAGCUACAACACUGAAUAUGGGAUCUAUGAAUCAAACUGUGGGCUGGACAAAGUCCACAUGUCCUGGGGCCAUGACGAGUAUCUCUACAGAGUUCUGAAGUUCAACAACUGCUCCAUCCCAGAGCAGGGGUUGUACAUGAUUCGCUUCCAUUCAUUCUACCCAUGGCACUCGCACGGGGACUACAUGCACCUGUGCAAUGACAAAGACCUGCACAUGCUGCCCUGGGUCCAACAGUUCAACAAAUUUGACUUGUACACAAAGACCACCAAGCUGCCCGACAUCGACCAGCUGAAGCCGUAUUACCAGUCUCUGAUCGACAAGUACUGUCCUGGAUUACUGAAGUGGUGA